AUGUCCCAGCCUUUCUAUGAGCGGCAUCCGUUGCAGCGGAUACCCAGUCCCUCGCGGGGUAUCUCUGCCCUGAUUCAUGUAAUUGGGCUUGCAAGCUUUCUAUGGUCUUUCAAAUUCAUGCAUGAGAACCCGAAUCGAGCCAACGAGGCCUAUGGCUGGCACUUUCAGUACUUGACCGUGAUCGGUUUGAGCCUAUCUACGCUGACGUUCGCGUUUGCCUUGGUGGCCGAUGUGACUCUGUCGCGACGGCUGUUUUUGAUCAAGAACCUGUUGUCGGUCUGCAGUGCGCCUAUGGAAGUGCUCAUUAGCAUCCUCUACUGGGGUUUACGGGUGAUCGAUGAGCGAUUGGUGCUCCCAGAUUGGGCCGUGAUUCCUCUGCAUGCUGAUAUCGGCUUCCAUGCCGUCCCGGCCAUCGUAAUGAUGGUAGACUUGCUAUUUCUGUCACCCCCGUGGACUAUCACAGCUCUCCCCUCCUUGGCGCUGUCUGGAACUAUUGCUUUCGGCUACUGGUUCUGGGUAGAACAAUGCUUUUUGUACAACGGAUGGUAUCCUUACCCAAUUUUUGAGCAGCUACCCACUACAGGCCGAAUUGGCCUGUUCUCCCUCAGUGCUGUGGUGAUGGUGCUGAGUACUGCGACCCUGAAGUGGCUCUAUGGUCGACUGAACGGGUUCGGGACGCCCAGUCCUCCUAAAUCCCGCCCCGGAGACAUCAAGCGAAAGGACGGAUUGUAA